AUGUGGUCACUCAAACGAAAGAGAGAGAGAGAAAUUAGGGAUACUGUGAAUGUAAAAUUCCAGCGCCAGGAGCAGGUUACGCGUGAAUUAGUUAACCGUCUUGGAUUAGAAAAAGAGUUGGAGGGUCAUGGUGGGUGUGUAAACUGUUUGGAGUGGAAUGAAAGGGGCAGCAUUUUGGUCAGUGGCUCAGAUGACCUUCAUGUGAUUCUCUGGGAUCCAUUUAAAUACAAGAUUUUAUCCAAAGUGAGAACUGGACAUCAGGGCAACAUCUUUUCAGUGAAAUUCUUGCCACACUCAAAUGACUCACUCAUUGUCACUGGAGCUGCAGACCAUCGCAUCAGUGUUCAUGACCUCAACAGGAAAGAGACCACACAUGUGUUUGCCUAUCAUCUUGGCCGGGUGAAGCGUAUUGCCACAGCUCCAAAUAUCCCUUACAUUUUCUGGAGUGCAGCAGAAGAUGGCACUAUUAUGCAAUUUGAUCUGCGCUGUACCAGCACAACCACUACUACGCCUAACAACGUCCUCAUUAACCUAAAUGCUCACAUGGGCCAGUUUGCUGAAGCAAAGUGUCUGGCUAUCAACCCACUGAGGCCAGAGAUGUUGGCUGUCGGAGCGAAUGACCCCUACGUCAGGGUGUACGACCGCAGGAUGUUGAGCUGUACCAGCAUGCGGAUACCUUCAGACAAUGUUAACAGAUAUGCAUGGGAUCAUCCCCAUCUGGAGAGUGUUGAGGGGGAGAACUAUACCUUGCCCCCGGGGUGUGCCCAGUAUUACAUUGCAGGUCAUUUGCCACAGAAACAGCUGGACUACAAGAAACGCUACAGAACUUUAGCCUCAACUUAUCUCACCUUUUCACCUGAUGGUUCAGAGCUGCUUGUUAAUCUAGGAGGUGAACAAAUCUAUCUUUUUGAUGUCAACAGAAAGCUACACCCUAGAAGGUUUGAUCUGUCAAUUUUGGGCUCAAAUGGAAUUGUUAAAGAUGCCAUACCACUUGCAACCAAUGGCUACAGCAUUCAUACAAAUGGCACUAACGGUGUUUGCAAGCCAACCUCAUCGAUAUCUUCAGGGUCUUCCUCAGUGAGAUUGUCCCAGUCAACAUCUUCUACAUCUGCCCUGCCUGCACCAGCUUCAUCCUCUGACAGAAUGUAUGAUCAGCCAGCUGAACAUCCCAACAAAAGACAUAAGGGGGAGCCAAAGCACUUGAGUCCAAUGGUGGAGAGUCUCAAGAAGCAUGCAAAUAUCCUGUUUGAACAAGAAGAAUACAAGCGUGCUAUUGAUGUCUACAAUGAGGCAAUUGCUCUUUGCAACAAUGCAGCAGUGUUGUAUGGCAACAGGGCAGCAGCUUAUUUGAAAAGAAAAUGGGAUGGUGACCUCUAUGCAGCCUUGCGUGAUUGCUAUCAAGCUCUAACACUGGAUCCUCACCACAUGAAGGCACAUUUCCGACUAGCUCGUUGCUUGCAUGAGCUCGGGUGGAGCCAAGAAGCUUUUGAAUGCCUCAAUCUCUUCAAGCUGCGUUUUCCAGACUAUGCUAAAAGUCACGCAUGUGAAACUUUAGACAGAGACAUUAAGGCAGCUUUAUUUUCACGCACUGAAGAUUCAGAGGAGCACAAAGAAAGCCGAGGUGAAGAUGGGACACGGCCUGCCAGUUCACGACAAGAAUCAGAGCAGGAGAAAGAGCUUCAGAAGAACGCAUGUGAUUACACAAUGCGAUUUUGUGGCCACUGUAACACAACGACAGACAUCAAGGAGGCAAACUUUUUUGGCAGCAAUGGCCAGUACAUAGUGGCGGGAUCUGAUGAUGGAUCCUUCUUUAUCUGGGAAAAGGCAACCAGUAACAUUAUUCGAGUGCUUCGUGGAGACGAGUCAAUCGUCAACUGUCUGCAGCCUCAUGCAAGCACCUGUCUUCUGGCAACAAGUGGCAUUGAUCCAGUUGUACGACUGUGGAGUCCAAGACCAGAAGAUGGUCGCCAGAACGACAGGCAGGUGAACAACAGUGAUGAUGCAGCUUUGGCCAAUCAGAAGAGAAUGAACGCUGAUCCCCUGGAGGUCAUGUUGAUGAACAUGGGUUACAGAAUUUCCGGAUUUCAUGAUGUGGAUGAUGAAGAAGGAAACCAAGGUGACGGACCGGCUAACUGCAGGACAGCCUAG